CUCCCCUCCACAUCCCUGCUCUCUGCCCUAACGCUGCCCCCGCCCCUGCCUCCCCCCAAGGGAAUGAGGGAGAUCCUUACGAUCCCCGGGGCUGGGGGCCUGAGAGCUCCCAGGCUAGUGCGGGGAACUUCUUUCCGCAUCUCAGUUGCCAUCCCUACCCCUUGCCCAUCCCCUCCCUUCCCCCAAAGUCAGGACCAACUGAAGGGAAGGCGACAGAGCUGGGAGGGAAGAGUGGGGUGGGCUGAGGCGGGGGAGACACUUCAUCCCAGUCCUUAGGAUUGUCCCAGGGGCACAACAGCAAACCCAAAGCUCCAGACGGAGCAGGACUGGGGCAGCUAAAACUCAGCAGCUCCUUCCAGAGACCCCGGAAGAGGUCAGCAGGGAGGAGAGAGUGCCCCCCAUUCCCCCCCAGCUCCAGGGACCACGGAGGAACCUCUGUUCUUUUAGAGAGCCGGGGCCACAUCUACCCGAGAAGUCUUUCGGCUGAGUGCGCUGAGAAGAGGAGGCAAAAGAGGGAAAACCUUUUCUCAGGCCCCAGGGCAAACUGCACUGAGCACCUGGACUCUCUUCCUUCUUAGAAAUGAGCAACAAGCCAGGAUUUGAAAUGAGACCAGCCCGGGCUCCGGGCUUGCUGCCUGAGAGGUGGAGGCCCCUGAGUUGCUAGACAGACAUCAGAAUUUCCACAGGGUCUGAGUUGGGAGAGCUGGGCCACGGCCUGGAAAGGAUCAGAAGGAAGAGGGCCAGGAUACUUGCUGCCAGGCUGCCUUUGCACAGGCAGCGGAGGCCAUAGGCAGGACUGAGAAAGAAGCAGGGACUGAGAGCUUGCUUCUGCUAUGAUCGGAGAGAUGAACACUGAGGAACCCGACAAGAACUCCUCAACCUUCAUCCCGCUUCUCUUGACCAACACAACCUCUGUCGACCUUGCUCCACCCAGCCCUUUGCCCCCAGGGGGAAUUCCGCAGCCCCUGUCUAUCAUCAUCGCUCUGGCCUGCAUCUUCCUUCUCCUGGCAACUUUCCUGCUUUUUGUCACCCUCUGCAAACCAGCAGCCAUGGACCCCUCCCGUCACAGCCCCCACGAAUGCAUGCCCUACCACCCGGAGACGCCCAGCGAGCCCCAGCUCCGAUUCUGGAAGCGCCUUGGCUCCCUGCGCCAGUCUAUUCACAGCUUCCGCCGUGGCCGACCUGGAUCUCAGCACCCUGGGCCGACCAUCCACCAGCCCCUACCUGAUCGGGAAUGGGGCUUAAUGGAAUCGACCAAAAUGUGACAUGGUAGAGUGAGGGGCUGGGGGUCAGCUUGUCCCUGUCCCAGAUCUAGGGUCUCUCAGAGUGAUGGGAGACAAGUAUGGGUGGGGCCACCUCUCCCAAAGCUGGUCUCCUGGGCAGCCCACCUCUACUUUGAUCCCACCUACUCCCAACUCAACCCUUUGAUCCUUAGAAAACAUAAGAGAAAAGCUGAAGUUCCUUAGACUCUACUGCACCCCCCCCCCCAUAUAGAUCUUGGAUGUGGUCAUUUGCUUCCCACUGAAAGGUCUAUCCAGGGACAAACUGGAGAAUUGUAUCCAGGUUAGCAGGAUGUACCCAGCAAGCAAAGCAAGCAUGUCCCAUGGAGAUCCCUUUGGUGAUCUGGAAAACGCAUUCCAGGUCUCCCGACUUCCUUUCGAAAAACCAUCUCUUGGGCAUUGAAGAUACAACAUUCUGCCCAUCCUUCCCGGCUGCCUCCUUCCUAGCUUCAGGGGAAAGUUGUGAGACAGUCCAAGAUUAUCGUUGGACCCAGAGAGUCUUCCAACCAAAGUCAAAGUCUUUGGAGUCCCAGAGCUAAGGAUUCCUGGGGAAAGUUCUAUUAGACAAGGGGCUCGAGAAGGCCCAGGCAGGGGAUAUGGAUAAGUGAGCACCAGCACAGAUCAACUACUCCUGGGCGGGGAAAGGGGGACUCUUUCCUGUCAGCUCACUUCCACCAUCACAGGAGGGAUAGAGCUCCUAGGCAGCCAACAGUGGUGCCCUCUGGUUCUAUGGGCAUAGAACUUUCCCGACCAAUGGGCACCAGAGGCAGAGAACCACACCAUGUAUAUUAGGAGUCAGGACUUCAGGGAGUAAAGAAGGAUCCUGGCUUCCAACCGGCCCCCUCUCUCCGGCCACCUCCUCCCUGGCCCAGCAAAAGGCAAGGCUGCGGAUGUAAGGAACAGCUCCCUAGAGAGGAGGUAAUUAUGCUGGUAGUGCCGGGCUGUGUCUCGUUGUGCAGCUGGAGCACUAAUCAGUAGGAACCCCUCUUGGUAACUGGGGGCAGCCGUCACUCUGCAGCUGACUGGGACGGCUUGAUUGAGAAGGAAGGAGAAGUUAUCAAGGGAUUUGGAUCUGGCAGUGGGGCUGGUGGGGCCGGGAGGGGACACCUCCAGCUGGAGCCUCCUUCACGUAUAGGUGCGCCCCGAUGAAAGGCAAAGCGGGUUCUCUGUCCCAUCAGUAAAGAGCCUGUUCUCGCGUCUUUAAUCCUGGUGACUCCAGGGUGGAUGGCUGAGGGCUGAUGGAGCGGUCUCCCUGACCGCCACAGGAGACCCUCGGCUGUUGUGGCACCCUUGCUUCCCAUGGCGAUGUUGGAGGACGGCUGGAAGUGGUCGGAUUUAACCCCGCCCCCUCCGCCCCCCCAGGACUCCGGUCUCUCGGCUGAGGACACAUGCUCCGUUUCCAAGUCAGAGAGAAUCAAAGGAAGGAUCCGCCUUCUCCUUCCUGUCUUCUCUCUGAGUGUCUGCAGCAAGCAGACGUUUUUCCCUUCACGAAAGAAAAUGAGACCUGAGACCUUUCUUUCUUCUCUGUUCUUUCUUCUCUGUCCUCACAGAUGAUCCAUCGAGGUUUCGAAUGCACAGGACUGACCAGGCUCUUCUCCCUCCCCCUCCCUUCUCGGAGAUCCAACGAGAUAAUAUGUGUGACGUGCUUAGUACAGUGGCCGCCUGGCCACUUAAUAAAUCCUUGUUCUUUUUCCCUAUUGCC